AUGAAAGACACUCCGUACCACAAAGGCAAGGUGACGACGGAUGGUGGAAUUGCCAUCCUUGCCAUCACACUCACCCUCAAGGGCGUGUUGUGGAUAGUUCCCAUCGCUCGCAUCAAGCAGAUCUUCGAGUCGGAGUACAGCGCUGUCGUUAAAGGGAGCAACUUGGAGAAGAAGGUGGUGAGCGAUCUUCUGAGUCAGAUCAGCGACUCCGACAAGGACCAUUUGGUGUCUGCCGCGCACGGGAGUACCAACGCUCGGCUGGAGGUCAUUUUGGAGGCCGGCCGUGUACAGGCGAACAUUCCUUUGCCCAUCCACCACACCGAGAUCAAGGAUAUCCCAGAGUUCGUGGUCGAAACAUCCUCGGAGCAGUUGGCGGACGUGAGCGUGAAGGUGUCCAUGCGCUGGGAGCCGGACCAGUCGAUGACGGACCACGACGAAGCCCUGCCCUUCGGCAAGCUCGCUUUGGCCGUGGUCUCCGUGGAGCCACCGGCUCCCAUCAAGGAGGUGACCUGGGAGGUUCCUUGCGAUUUCUUCCGUCCAGAGCGAAAGACAGUGAGUUGGACGACCCACUCGCAAGCCUUGUGCAAGUUUGCCGUCAGCUGGAUGGGGAGGUACGUGGAGGACAAGCAGGCAAAAAAGAAGGACGCUGAUGACGACGAGCACGGGACCUUGGAGUAUGGAGAGUUCCAGGCGAAGGUCCUGUUCCUUCUCAACCAGCAGAGCAUCACGCUACAGUGCCAGCGGAAGAAGCUCGAGAAGCAGCGCAAACACCUGGAGGGGCUUGAUGUGAACUCGGGAAGCGCAUGA